AUGUGCAUUAUAUUUGGUUACAUUGCCCUGUUCGCAAUCGCUUUUGGUGGACAGACGACCGCUUCCUCGAAUAUGUUUUUCAUCCUAAGUGCGGGGACAUUACUAGCAGCUGUUUAUUUGGUAUUUGAUGAUGUUCGAAAACGAAUUCAUUUGGUGGACUUUACUUCUGCCGACCAGUUGCUGUCGUUCAGUUCGUGGACUGCUUUCUGCUUGGGCGCCCUAAACGGUCUGCAUCUUUUCGUCGCCAGCCCGACGCUUUACCAGGUUUGGUGA